GCGCUUCAUCUGUUGAGUCUUGAGUCUCUGGUUCAUAAAGCCGCAUGUUUUGUUAAUAAAUAAUUUAUUAAAACUCAUCCAUUUAACACCAAAAAAAUUGAAUGUGAUUUUAUCUAGUUUUCAUUGAAUUUUUCUGUAUAUGUGUUUAUAAUUUUCUGUAAAAAAAAAAAUAUAUAUAUUGUAAAAAUGAGUUCUACACAAGACUGGGAUGUGGAACAACACAAACAAGAGCACGAAUGUGAAGAACAUUGGGAAUUAAGAAGACGAUUUCUUCUUGCUCACAAAGACAAAUUUCCAGAGGAUGAAUUAGUUUGUUUAGCUCAAGUUUUUACAAAUGUAGAAUUUUUGGGAUGCCGUUAUCCACAAGAAACAAUGGAUCUUAUAGCAGAAUUAUCACAUAAUGUCGCAGAAGAAUACAGAGAAAAACAAAAAACGAAAUUACAAAGAACCUUUGUUAAAGCUUCGGACGCCGCAAGUUCCAAAGCCAAAGGACAAAGACCUAAUGAUCACGUACAAAUUAGUAAUAAGCCGGAACCUGUCUUGAGUAAUUUUCCCGCAUCAGAACAAGAUGAUGAUAAUGAUGAUGAUGAUUUGGUUCCUUGUAAAAAAGCAAAAUUCGACGAUCAUAAAAGUAAUAUUUUACCUCCCUUUGGAAAUCUUGUUUUAUUUGAAUAUCCAGAUGAUGCACCUCAAAGUAUUAUAUCUAGAGCAGUUACUGCACGUGGAGGUGCUUUAGAUAUUAAAUUUGACAAAAAUAAUACAGAAAUAAGUAAAUGCACUAUUUUUAUAAAUUCCAAAAAGCUUUCAGAAGGUUCAGGACAAAAUCAAAAAUUGGCAAAGAAAGAAGCUGCAAGUUCUGGUUUAAAAGUUUUAAUGAAAUAUUAUUAUACAAUAAAAGUGAAAAAAGCAAUGAAAAAAGAAUCAGUAACAAGUAACGAACUUAGAGGUGUAGAAGGAAAUUCAUCUUCAGAAUUGGCUGAAGACAAUAUUGGACAAAAAUUAAUGAAAUUGAUGGGUUGGUCAGGAGGUGGUCUCGGAAAAAAAGAACAAGGAAUCGUUGAACCAGUCACAGUGAAACAGCAACUAAGUAAAAGUGGAUUGGGAUUGCAUCCAGAUAAUUCUAAUUUGAAAGUUCUUAAGAAAAAAUGUUAUCAAGUAUUACGUGAUUAUAUGAAAGGUGACAUGAAAGAAGAUUUAGUGUUUUCAUCUGAUUUCACAAAUGAAGAACGAGCAAUUGUUCAUCAAGUUGCCAAACAAAUGGGAUUAAAAUCACAGAGUUACGGGCCAAAAACACAAAGAACUUUGAUAAUUUCCAGGAAGAUUGAUCCAAAAGAACUCGUGGGAGAAUUACAAACAAUUGGAGGUUCUACAGAUAAAUAUGAGCUUAUUAGUCCCACGGAUACUAUGUACGUGUUCCAUUAAUUUUCUUUUCAUAAUUUAUUUUAAUUUUAAAACAAAAAAUUAAUUUUUAAUUAAUUAAUUAGUUUUCGAAAUAUUAAAUUGUACAUACAUUUUUUUUACAAUUUUUUGUUAAAUAUUUGAAUAAAAUAAAGAAAACUAUAAUUAGAUAUAA